AUGGCGGGAUUCUCUGGGCCCUUCCACGCUACACAGCUGUGGCACAACAUCCUCCAGGCACUGCAGAUACAGGUGGAGGUGCGACGGCGGCGCCACCUGUGUGUGCACCCUGACUGCUUCACGGGCUCGGAUGCUGUAGACGCUGUGUUCAGCUACCUGAUGCAUAACGUCUUCUUCUGUGCCAGCGAGGUGUCACGCCUCAAGGCCGCCAGGCUCUGCCAGGCGCUCAUGGAGGCCAAGGUGUUUGAGGUGGUGGGGACCAAGCUAUUCCUCCAGGACAAGGAGGCCACUUUCGAGGACACGGGCUGCAGCCUCUACCGUUUCCAGGACUGCGGCUCGCUGCCCGGCUCAGCCAUUAAGGCUGGGAAGGAUGGGGACACAGAGAAUAUGGCCCCUGAGGACUUAGUGGGGAAGAGGAAGAAAGGCUCUAGACUGAGUGAGCUGAGGACCAUCUCCAACCCACUGGCGCUGGGCCCCUCAGACCGGAGGGUGGAGAGGCUGCUGAAGACCAUCAACCUGCAGCCCUCCCUCCCUAAGGCCAUUACCAAAGCCCCCACCACCAUCUUCCUUUCAAAGACAGCCCCCUCUCUCCCUUCUCCCCUGUCCUCAGUGGUGGAGGAGGUGUGGAAGCAGCAGACGUUGCUGCAGACGGUGGAGCUACCCGUGCUGGACUGCAUCCUGGCGACUCCGACCCGGGGGGCCCAGCCCCGUCCCCAGGCUGCGUCCCUGCAGCUGCUGCAGAGCCACCACCAGGACCUGGUCAUCUCCAACACCUGCCUGGACCGUGAGCUGCCCCAGACCCUCAACCUUCCCGAGGGAGCACCUCCUCCAGCAGGGCAGUACCACAGAAGAGACCAAGGGGCCAGAGAGGCAGGCCGGCCAGACGAAACUGCUGUUUGACACCAUGGCCAAACACUACGGAGGCCAGGAGAGGUCCCCGCUGCUCACCGGACGCUACUUGGACAUCCACACGGCCAUACUGGACCUGCUGGACUGUGGGAAGGUGGAUGAUGCUCUCAGGGCCUAUCAGCUGUGUCUGCAUCUGCUGAGGCCUGCUGGGAGAGACGAGCUGAGGAGGCUCCUGGCCUUCAUGGCCACAGCAGCCCAUCCGGAUGCAUGCCGUCUGCACAAACAGGUUUUUGCUUCAGCCAAAGUGGUAACACUGGUGGUCCACUGUGUGACGGACCACUCAGUAUGUCCAGACAGACAACAGAGCCCUGGUCAGCAGGACAUUUCUGAAGGCCAUCGUGCAGAAUAAAGAGAUAUCUCGUACCCAGAGUGAGAGGCUGCUGAUGUUUCUGAUGGACAACCACACUCAGCUCUUUAAGGGAGGAGGUACCCCAACGGCAGGGAGGAGGUACCCCAACGGCAGGGAGGGGGUACCCCAACGGCAGGGAGGAGGUACCCCAACGGCAGGGAGGAGGUACCCCAACGGCAGGGAGGAGGUACCCCAACGGCAGGGAGGAGGUACCCCAACGGCAGGGAGGAGGUACCCCAACGGCAGGGAGGAGGUACCCCAACGGCAGGGAGGGGGUACCCCAACGGCAGGGAGGGGGUACCCCAACGGCAGGGAGGGGGUACCCCAACGGCAGUUUCAAUUUGUUUGGUGUAUUUCUGACAUUGCCUGAUACAUUAAGUGCAGCAUGUAUAUCAUUUGUUUAUGUGAAUAAAAUAACCUUUUAUCAACCCUUCUCUAUCCAUAAUGGAAAUAGACCCCCACAUCGCUGAUUGAUGCUGUGAGGAGAACACUGCAAAUCCUGCAGCAAGGAAGAGAUCCAAACAACAUUGCGAUGUUUACGUUCUGCCAGCAGGUGUCGCUGCAGCAGUAUGAGGAUCAGUGCGAGGCGGCCACCCUGGAGAGCCUGAAGCAGCUGAUCAGGGACAUCAGCCUGAGCUAGGCCUAGUUAGUGUUGUCUUUUAGUGAUGUUACUCUUACAAGGCUUUGCUUUUCAAGCCUUCUUAUGACUUCGGCUUCAGGAAUGCAUUUGCACUAGUUUGUAGGCCAUAGUAUGUUAGUGGUAUGACAGCAAUUUUUUUGGUUCUAACAAGGAGAGAUGCACUAACCCUGGUGGCUCAAGGGUUUAUUUCUGGUGAAUGAGAGCAUUCUCUGCUUUCCUUAGCUGAUGCCUGUCAGGAAAUCUUUUGAUUUUGUUAAAAUGUACACAGGGGAGAAUGUGUAAUGUUGGUGAAACAUUUAUCUAAAACUAACAGGCAUAGGAUCUAACUGAAUUUAUUCAGGGCUGGUUUUGGUAGAUUUUAUUUAGGUACUGUAAAUAGUUUAGGCUGGAUAUUAAGCUUGAAGAGGAAUCUCUUUUGAUGAGUAAGCAUUAUACUUUAUUUCUAUACCUUAAAUGAAAUGUAAUGACAGUCUUAACAAAUGACGUAUUGGUUUGGAUUUUGUUGACUGCAUCUUAUAACUGGUAAAGGGAAUAAUGCUGGUAAAUGUAGCACUACUAUUAUAUCUGUAUAUUUUCUGUUGGGGACAAACUGAAUGAUUUGAAAUGGUAUUAAUUUAGUUAUUUGUGGAACUGUUUCCCACUGCUGUCAAGAACAUGUUUCAUAUCUGUUAAUCACAUCGUUGACGCUAACUAUUCUAUUGGAUUGUAAUAGGCUUUGAUUUGCAUGGGUUUGCAAGUUUAAUCAUAAGGUGGAAUGUUUCAAAUGCAGCCAAAAGUGUUUUAUUUUGAAGUUUGUUGGUGGUCUUACAAAUGAAUGCUUUGUCUCAAAUAAGUGCCAUGUUUUUAGCUUAACUUGAAGGUUGAGUGAAUUAACUUAUUGAAAUGAGUGUAAAUCAUACAAUCCAGGGGUGUAUUCAUUACUUGCACACCAUAGGAAAAAGUUGUGCAACGAAAAUGAGUUUCUGUUGGACAAAUUCAAAUGGGUCCCUGUUUGUUUCAGUUUUCCUAUGUGUGGUUCCUAGUGAAUACACCUGGGUUACUUUUUGUGAGUUACAUUGUUAAUUAAGUUGUUGCAUCAUUGGUACUGUUUUAAAUUCUAGAGCAUUUUCUGCACUGCAUGUUGCUGCCUAGUUUUGAGCUUUACAUAUCUUAGUCAACAGAAUAGUACACAUGAUCUGUAACGUUGCCCAUUUCAGGUUUUAUAUUUAAUGCUUGAAUUGUUUUGAAAUGCACUUUGUUGAAAAACUGUAUUAAAUACAGUACAAUAAGACUUUCAUUAAACAUCAUUGGAAGUUCCAGUU